GGCCUUUGAUUAGUUGUUUCUGGCUCUGCGCCGCGCUGUCUCUCUAAAACAGCCUGGUUAAGCUUGGAUGAUAGAGACAUUUUGACUUUCUAUUUCAAUGACUACACGAAGAAAUGGCGUUUCCAGGCAUCAGCGGUUUGAGAGUUUUCGCGGUGAAGGACCAAACUGGAUUCUAAUUGCAGGGGGUGCCUUGUUGAGCACAUUGUCCAUUCGCUUUGGCUACAAAUUAAAGCAGUCUAUUGACUCCAAACCACCUCAUUCCAAUGCCACUGCUGGAUUUAAACCCAAUGGAACAUCUGACAGAGGAAGAUCUCUGGGAUGCUGCUUGCAUUCUAACACAUCUCCCUGUGAACGGAAUAAUGAUUGCUGCUUUCACUGCACUCCCGGAACUGAGAAUGGGGAAGAAAAUCAUGCUACAAAUGAGCAAAUGGCAGUGUCCAGUACUUCUCUGCCUCUUGUGACAGUUCCUGCUUCAUCAUAUAGCAAAGAUAAUGCAGGCAUCUGGGGAUCUUCUCCUGAUCACCUGGAAGUGCCCAUGAAAGCAUACCAUCAUCAUUCGACCUGCUCAGAUUCUCCUUGCGUAUCUGAAUCCGGUUCAGACAUCUUCAGCAAGCGAGAAGUAAUACAGAAACUGAGGCAACAGCUAAAGAGACGUGAUGACAUGGUAGUUGAAAUGCAGGAACAGAUUCUAGAGCUGCAAAACUCGCUAAACUCCCAGAUGGGACACUCUAGCCAUGUCCAAACACAGCUAGACGCAACAAACAGGGAUCUGUUUGAAUCAGAAAGAGAAGUCCAGAGGCUGAGAAAGGCAAUCGCUGAUCACUGCGUGGGACACACAGGUAGCAAUGGUUGGAGUGGCGAUGUGAACAGCGAAAACAACUAUGAGUCACCCGAAAAUGGAACAAGGGAUGGAGAAAGAAUAGAGAUGUUGAGAAAAGAAGUGGGUGAGCUUAAAGAGGUCAUAGACGGGAAAGAGUAUCUACUUAGGAGCUAUAAGGAGCAGAAAACGGAGCUAUUGCAGAAGGUGAAAGAGUUGCAGCAGAGACUGGACUCGCAGCUCCCAAACAUUUUAAAUGGCAUUUCCAAGCAUCAGCGAGCUGAUAAAUUUUGUGGUGAAGGGCCAAAUUGGAUGCUAAUUGCAGGGGGUGCCUUGUUGAGCACAUUGUCCAUUCGCUUUGGCUACAAACUAAAGCAGUCGCUUAAUUGGAAACCUCAAUCGAAUGGCUCUGCUGGAUUAAAACCUAAUGGAACAUCUGAGAGGCAAAAAUCUACAAGCUGUUGCUUGCACUCUAACACAUCUUCCUGUACACACAAUAAUGAUUAUUGUUGCUUCCGCUCCAUUCCAGGAACUGAGAAUGUGGAUGGAAAAGAGGUGACAAACGAGCAAAUGAUAUCCGCAUCUGACACUUCGCUGCCUCUUGCGACGGUUCCUGCCCCAUCAUUGAGCAAAGAGAAUGGAAUCAUGUGGGCAACUUCUCCUGAUCGCUUGGAACUUCCCCCAAAACCAUACAAUCACCAUUCAAACUGCUCAGAUUCUCCUUGCGUAUCUGAAACCAGCUCAGACAUUUUCAGCAAACGAGAAGUAAUACAGAAACUAAGGCAGCAGCUGAAGAGACGCGAUGACAUGAUACUGGAAAUGCAGGAACAGAUUCUGGAGCUGCAAAACUCGUAUAACGCGCAGAUGUCACACUCUAGCCAUCUCCAGGCACAGCUAGACACACUGAACAGAGAUCUGUUUGAAUCAGAAAGAGAAGUUCAGAGACUGAGAAAGGCGAUCGCUGAUCACAGCGUGGGAUGCACUGGUAGCAAUGGCAAGACAUCUCCUGUUGCACCUUGGACCAGCAGCCAUGUGGACGGGUUUAUGGACAGUGAAAGCAAUUAUGAGUCACAGGAAAAGAGCCUAAGGGAUGGAGAAAGAGUAGAGAUGUUGAGAAAAGAAGUGAGUGAGCUCAAAGAGGUGAUAGACGGGAAGGAGUAUCUACUUAGAAGCUAUAAGGAGCAGAAGAUAGAGCUUUCACAGAAGGUGAAAGAGUUGCAGCAGAGACUGGACUCACAGCUCCCAAACAUAUUAGGCGUCUCUCAGAGGUGGUUUUGCUGGUCUUCGUUCCUCCUCUCGCUUUUGAAUGGAGAUGUGAGCUUUCUUCAUUCAAAGAGCAAAAUCUCUAAUUCCAUGGCCUUCUCGCUCCUCUCUCCGAUUCCUUCCUCUACCUCUCUUUCUUUCACUCUCUCCGCCAUUACCGCUUCUAAUAAUGCCUCUUCCUCCUCCUCUCUCUACUCUUUAUAUCAUCCCAAAGGAACCUUACGAACCAGAACCGCGACCUCGAUUUUCGGAGCCUCUGGGAACUUGAGGAUUGAUUCCAUGGCGGAUAAUUAUAAUAGCCAAUUGGUUUGUAGGGUUGGUGGUUGCGGCGGCGGUGGUGAAUUGGAUGAUAUGGAUGAAGGUGAAAUCCAGAGAAUUGGAAAUGAAGACGAAGACGACGAAGAAUUCAUACAAGCUAAUAUUUCCUCUGCUGCUUCGCCUGAUAGAUGGGAUGUUUUGGGUCUUGGCCAAGCCAUGGUAGAUUUCUCUGGAGUUGUGGAUGAUGAGUUUCUAGAGAAACUGGGUUUAGAAAAGGGAACAAGGAAACUGAUUAAUCACGAGGAGAGGGGUAAAUUAUUACAAGCAAUGGAUGGUUGUAGCUAUAAGGCGGCAGCUGGAGGGUCAUUGUCAAACACUUUAGUUGCUCUCGCAAGAUUAGGUUCUCAAUCCAUCGGUGACCGGCCUUUGAAUGUGGCAAUGGCUGGCAGUAUCGGAGGUGACCCUCUCGGCAGCUUUUACGGGACUAAACUACGUCGAGCAAAUGUAAAUUUUCUUUCUGCUCCAAUCAAGGAUGGAACAACGGGAACAGUGAUAGUUCUCACAACUCCUGAUGCACAACGUACUAUGCUUGCAUAUCAGGGAACAUCUUCUGUCGUUAAUUAUGAUUCUUGUUUGGCUAGCUUGAUAGCCAAGACAAAUGUCUUUGUUGUGGAAGGCUAUUUGUUUGAGCUUCCUGAUACUAUAAGGACCAUAACGAAAGCCUGUGAAGAAGCCCACAGAAACGGGGCACUUGUUGCUGUGACAGCAUCAGAUGUGUCCUGCAUAGAGAGGCAUUAUGAUGAUUUCUGGGACAUUGUGGGGAACUAUGCAGAUAUUGUAUUUGCAAACAGCGAUGAAGCUAGAGCGUUUUGUCACUUUUCCGCGGAGGAAAGCCCAAUUUCAGCGACAAGGUACAUGAGCCACUUUGUUCCAUUUGUAUCGGUGACUGAUGGAAUCAACGGGUCAUAUAUUGGAGUAAAAGGAGAGGCCAUAUACAUUCCUCCGUCCCCAUGCGUGCCAGUUGAUACAUGUGGUGCUGGAGAUGCAUAUGCUUCAGGGAUCUUAUACGGUAUCUUGAGAGGUGUGUCUGACUUGAAAGGAAUGGGAGAUAUGGCUGCAACGAUUGCAGCAACAGUGGUGGGUCAACAAGGAACCAGGCUUAGGGUUCAGGACGCUGUUGAGCUUGCUCGAUCACAUGCUUUCCGUCUCAACGGAUCUGGUGUUCGAACAGAUGUUGGGUCUUGAUGAAAUCUCUAGCUUGUGAUUUUAGCUUUUUGAUUCAUUCUUUGUUUUCAUGUAGUAGUGCCUUUUGCAAUUGACUUGUAAUCUUGUAUGUAACGUUUUAGUAUAUAGUAUAUGUUUCCGACAAAGUUUGAGACAUUUUUUGUUUUUAAUUUGAUGGGUCUUAAGUCUGAUAGUUUAUUCUUGCAAAAGUUGUAGAUGAGUUUUUGUGAAUUGCCAAAAUGUAAUCCCAUAAGCCUUAACAGUGUUAUAACAAGCCUCGGAGACUUCAUGUAAGAUAGAAUCUUGUCCAAUUUCAAUAUAAUUCGCACUGGUGA